ACUCCUAUCACUUAAUCCAUUGUAUUAGGAGGAAAAAAUUGUCCAAUUGACUGAGUGUCGUAUGUUUCUCACGAGUCUGCAAAUGCAAUAUACUUCUAUGAGUACAUAAAUACUUUUCCAUUUUCAUACAUUAUUUUUCUCUUUCCCUUUCUUUGUUGGGGAGAGAUUUCCCACUCUAGUCUCUCCUCAUUCCCAAACAACAACAAACUUCCAAAGCUCUUCCAUCAAUUUCUCCUUGGCUUCUAAUUUAAUAAAUUUAUUACCUAAAAACUUUGGCAUCAUACUCUUAAACUACCCUCAAAAUCCAUCUUAGACAUCAUAGUGGUUUAGGUUAGCUUUUUGUUGAGCUUCAUUUCAUCAUCUUCUUUAAUCUCUUCUUCUAAAUACACUUUCUCUUGGUAGAUUCUACCUUUUUGGGGUCUUGUUUGGAUUAAAUCGAACAAAAAACCUAUAUUUUUUUCCACUUUCCAUGCUUCCAUUUUGGGGUUUCCUUGUUAUAUACCAAAGAUCAAAACUUUAGUUUUGGAGCAUUAAAAAUUUGGAGUUUUAUGAUAUGGGUUUUUGAUUUGGAGGUGAGUAUUAAAGAUUAAAAACUAAAAUGCUUGGUGUUUUUAGCGUAUUUUUGUGAUUUGUUACCAAUUUUAAUCUUAAAAAGAGGGUUACUUUUUGUGGGUUUUACCUUUGUAAUUGAAUUUCAAGAAUUGAAGAAUUAUCAGCUUCAUGACCUAAUUGGGGUUUGCAGAAAUUUGAACAAAAUAAGAGAAUUUUGCUGAUGAAUGAGUCAUGGAUAAAAUUAUUCAACCUCCUUUGGUUGAUACAACAGCAUGUUUGUGUAGAGUAGACGCUGGGUUGAAAACUGUAGCUGGAGCAAAGAAGUAUGUCCCUGGAACAAAGUUGUGUCUGCGACCCGACAUCAAGCCUUCCAUUCAUCCUGUAAGGAAGAAACCUUCUCGUGGUGACAGGAGCCGUAGUCAGUCACCUCUCCUUCCAGGUCUCCCUGACGACCUGGCUAUUGCUUGCUUAAUUAGGGUUCCGAGAAUGGAGCACCGAAAUCUCCGAUUAGUCUGCAAAAGAUGGUAUCGUCUACUGGCUGGAAACUUCUUUUAUUCUUUAAGGAAGACUUUAGGGAUUGCAGAAGAAUGGGUGUAUGUCAUUAAGAGGGAUCGGGAUGGUAAAAUAUCAUGGCAUGCAUUUGACCCUGUUUACCAACUAUGGCAACCGCUUCCACCUGUUCCCAAAGAGUACUCUGAAGCUCUCGGAUUCGGAAGUGCUGUUCUUAGUGGCUGUCAUUUGUACCUUUUUGGAGGCAAACAUCCCCUUAAGGGCUCGAUGAGGCGUGUCAUUUUCUACAGUGCCCGAACAAACAAAUGGCACCGAGCACCAGAUAUGCUACGCCGGAGACAUUUCUUUGGUGCGUGUGUCAUUAACAACUGCUUAUAUGUAGCAGGUGGGGAGAAUGAGGGUAUACACCGUUCCUUACGAUCAGCUGAAGUGUAUGACCCGAACAAGAAUAGGUGGUCCAUCAUCUCAGACAUGAGUACAGCAAUGGUGCCUUUCAUUGGAGUUGUAUACGACGGGAAGUGGUACUUGAAGGGGCUCGGCACGCAUCGUCAGGUUCUAAGUGAGGUAUAUCAUCCAGAAUCCGACAGCUGGUUUCCAGUUUAUGAUGGAAUGGUUGCAGGUUGGAGAAAUCCAAGUGCGUCUUUAAAUGGGAAGCUCUAUGCUCUCGAUUGCAAAGACGGAUGUAAACUUAGGGUCUACGAUGAGACAAGUGAUUCUUGGGGUAAACACAUCGAUAGCAGAGUUCAUUUGGGUAAUUCCAAAGCCUUGGAGGCAGCAGCCCUUGUCCCUCUCAAUAACAAGUUGUGCAUCGUACGUAAUAACAUGAGCAUAUCUAUGGUUGAUGUCUCAAGAUCGGAACAUUUAGGAAGCUCAGACACGGUUGAACUUCUGUGGGAAACAAUAACGGGAAGAGGUCAGUUUAAGACAAUGAUGUCGAACAUCUGGUCAAGUAUUGCUGGCAGGAAACGCCUAAAAAGCCAUAUCAUCCAUUGUCAGAUUCUUCAAGCUUGAAAGUACUAAUGUAUACGACAAAGAAUCGGAACUAGGAAUUAUAUGUCUUUUUUUGUCGUCUCUUGAUUUAGCAACCUUUCGGCAUUUGAUGUGCCUAAAGUUUGCUAAAUUAGAGCGAAAUGUUAAGUAUUUGAACUGUGUAUUAGUGAUGUGUUUUCAUAUUGUGCUAUAGCUUCUGUUCUUAAAAUAUUUCUUUUCUAUUGCACAGAGUUUAUAUACUGAA